GUCGUGAUUGCUGUCUGAAACUGUUAAAAUAUAGAUUUUGCUUCUUGCAAUAUUUUGCCAAUUGAUGUUUUUUUAUUGCUGCGUUAAUGUAAAGACGAAUAGCCGGCAUUCUGGCUUAGUUUUCUACUCCAUCUUGUAUACUUUUAUUUAAAUUGUUGGAGCGGCCACAUGGUAUAAUACUCCCUCCGUCUCCCGAAUAACUUUCUAAGAGGGAGGGAUGCAGAUUUCAAGAUAAAGUUGUUGAGUGUAUUGGAAGUGGUGAAGGAGUGUUAUAAUUUGUAUUGAAAGUGACGAAAAAGUAUCAUAAUUAGUAUCGAGAGUGGUGAAAAGGUGAAAAGUAAGAAUAAAUGAGGUAUUAUUAGUGGCAGGAUAGAAAAUUUUGUAGGAGACAGUCCAAAAACGAAAGAUAGAAAGUUAUUUAGGGGACGGGGACGGAGACGGAACGUGUCUAUGUACUAAACAUUGAAAUUCAUCACGCUAGUAUCCAAAAUGAUCUAUCCAAUAGCUCUACCGACGACAUUUAGCCAUGUAUGUCACGUUCCUUUUUGGUGAGCUUGAGGAUUUUUCUAAUAACGACUACAAACAUCUUUAAAAUCUUCAAGUGGCAAUAAAAAACAAAAAUAAAUAAAUUUGAAGAUUCAGAUUCAAAUCCCACCAACUGUGUGGUGGAAUGGACUACUCCUCCAUGAUUAGUUUGUUUCUUUGUGUGGAGAAAACGAGACCCUGUGUAGGUCCUCAUAGCUGUAAAAUUAUUACAAAGCUCAGAUUCUGCAAAACAAUGUCUGAUCUCUCAGCUCCGGCGAGGGAGAGAUCACCUCGCAAAGGUGAUGAACUUCUCAAGAAAGCCAACCAUUUUCAAGAAAGUGGAAACGAGUGGCAGAGGUUGGAGACUAACUUUUGCAGCCAUGGAGGCUUCAAGCCAGCUGAAGCAAGUGUUCAAGCUCAUGGACGCCGACGGCGACGGCAAGCUCUCGCCGUCGGAGCUCAGGCGGGUGCUCCUGAGCUUGGGGCACGAGAGGGGCGAGGCGGCCAGGGAGGCCGAGGGGAUAGUGAGGGAGAUGGACCGCGAUGGCGAUGGGCUCGUCGACUUGGACGAGUUCAUGGUCGUCGUGGGCAGCGAUGACGAUGGCGAUGGCGAUGGAGAUGGAGAUGGGAAAGGGGUUAGUAGAGAGAGUGUGAUGAUGGGGGCUUUUGGAGUGUUUGAUGCAAAUGGUGAUGGGUUGAUCUCUGCAGAGGAGCUGAGGAGUGUGCUAGCAAGGCUUGGGUGUGGGAGGUGCAGUGGGAGGGAGUGUAGGAAGAUGAUUGAAGGUGUGGAUAGGGAUGGUGAUGGCUUUGUCAGUUUUGAGGAGUUUAAGGUUAUGAUGAAUGCUGGAUACUACUAGCUAUGGUUUUGGUGUAUUUCAGCUUUGUAUAUAUACAAGAUCUGAUUUUUGGUGAAUUGGGAGAUCUCAGUAGUGAGCUAGUUAUCAUGCAUUUUUUUUUUUUUUUGAUUUGUUUGUUUAUUGUGAGUUUUCUAUGUUGGUUCUAGAUUAUAAUGUAGUGCAGUUUGUUCAUCUUCACUUUUUUUUUUAGGUAUGAUUGGAGUGAAGAUUGUGGGAAUGAAUAUUACCUGGCUUUCCAUGUUGAA